AUGGACCUUCUAACUUGAGGUUUAGUCCGGCUGACACGAGUAUCCUCGCUGUCGAGUGAGACGCGGAUGCUCAUCUACAAAAGGGAUGGGGGAUGCUGUUGCCUUAUGCGCACGCCCUUCAAAUCAUACAUGGACCAUAACCUUGAAUACGUUCAGAUGAUCUCGACUCUUGUGUUUUCUGAUCCAGAUUUUGUCCGAGUGGGUGCGUAUGAUAAUACUACAAUGCCGAGUCAGCUAGCGGAUACGAUAGGCUGCUCUUUCCGAAAUGCAGGAAGCUUUCUUGUCACCAAAGAUGCUGGAGAAUUGGCGCUCUGCUUUCUCCAGCCCGCAACAUCAAGGCGUUAGAGAGACUUGAUAAUGUUUGGCUGUUGUCCACGAAGGCAUUUGAUGCUGUAAGAAAAGGUGAAGUGUACCUUAUGGUCCAACGUUGGGCAAAACAUCCAGAUACGACUAUAAGUCAGAGCGUUAGUUGGUAUUUCUCAUAUUUUACAAGUUUACCUUGAUACUGACUAACUGGAGUAUAAUGUGGAUACCGACAUGUUUGCACUCCGAGGUAUCAUUAAC